AUGUCCUCUAUUUCGAUCGAGGGAGAGUGUCUCCAGGAGACCUUUGUGGCCCCCCAGUGGCUGCCCGACGGCAACUCGUUCUGGUAUCGCCAGCGUACCUCUCCAGGGAAAUACGCCUUCAUCUACGUCGACAUCCUCCAGAACGCCUCGGGGCCUGCUUUUGACCACGAGGCCCUGGCCAAGGAACUUUCCGAGCAUGCCGGGACUGAGAUUGAUUCAAAGUCUCUCCCUUUUACGUGGAUUGAGGUGGGGGCCGAUACUAGUGUUGUUCAUUUCACCUACCAGGGACGAAAAUGGGAGUACAGCCCUGUGACCGGCCUGUGUGAAUGGGAUGGGAAGUUUGCCCACCGGAAGAGGGGGUUCCUGCGCAAGAUGAUAGAAUCCAAGACAUUGACCAACUCCAGCGUCAACUUCAGCUUCACAAACCACACAAGAGCCAACUUGAAGAUGUACUGGGUUGACUACGAAGGCAAGUCCGUCUUCUACCGGGGCAUAGGGCCAGGCGAUACCAAACGCCAAAGAUCACAGCCUGGCCAUAUCUGGCAGCUCAAGAGCGACUCUCCCGACGAUGCUGACAUCAUCUAUCGCAUCCCCAAGGGCCAGGAUAUCCUCAUUGUGGACGAGAUGGACUUGGACAAGACUGCUGCCGAAGAGAACGACGAGGGUGAACCUGCUGCUAACCCGCAGGCAGAGGAACGGCCAGAGGCCGAUGAGAAAGACGACAAGGGAGGGGAAAUCUUUGUGCUCGAUGACAAUCUGUGGAUGGAGGAUGGAGAUAAGAACCGGUUCCAGCUGUCUGACCAUCCCCCUCGAUAUGCGGCCGGGGGGAAUGAUGCUGAGGAGGGGGCUAGGCAAGAAGACAACCCCCAGAAAAGCCCUGAGGAAGAUCUUACCUAUGACGAACGAAUGAUCUUCAAGUCGCCUGAUGGAAAGUUCGUGAUCGCAUGGCAGCACACUCCAUUUCCAGACGAGAAGAUUUGGCUGCUUAAUUACGCAACCGGUGACAAGGUUGUACCCCAGCUCAAGGAAAGGGCAUUCAGAAAGGCCGGUGACCGUGUAAGAGAAGACCGACCUCGACUGUUCAGCCUGACCACAAAGGCCGAGGUAGCAACAGAGGAAGACUUGUUUACUGGCCAAUACAAUCUGUACAAUAUCGGAUGGGGGGAGAAUGGGGAGUACCGCUUCAUAUUCAAUCAGCGCGGACAUCAAUGUAUGCGUGUGCUGGGUAUCAGCUGUGAUGGGUCAAUCCGUGUCUUGCUGGAGGAGAAGAGUGAGACAUUCAUCGACUAUCUGACCAAGCUCUACUACCAAGUUGUCAAGGUCGAUGGCUCCGAGAAGAUGAUUUGGGCCAGCGAAAGAGAUGGGCAUAAUCACCUGUAUAUGCUUGAUCUGGAGAAGGGCCAAUUUCAGCACCAAAUCACGAGCGGAAACUGGAACGUGAAUAGGGUUGAACACAUCGACCACGACACCGGCGAACUUUGGAUAUCCGCAUAUGGUUUCAACGAGGAUGAAGAUCCUUACCAUAUACACCUGGUCCACGUUCGUUUUGAUGGAACUGAAUGCUGGGCCGUCACGGAAGGCGACGGAACUCACCUCUGGAACUGGUCCCCGGACAAGCGGUUCUUCAUCGACACGGCCUCAAGGGUGGACCUCCCACCGCGAACCACGGUACGGUCUGCCAAGUCUGGAGAGCUCCUGGUGGUGCUGAAUGAGGUCAAAUCGGAGGACCUCAAGGAGAAGGGAUGGGUUCCAUUGGAAAGAUUUUCAGCGCUGGGCCGGGAUGGGAAGACGCUCAUCUACGGUGUCAUCGCCCUGCCGCGAAAUUUUGACAAGACCAAGACAUACCCAGUGCUUGAGUACAUCUACGCCAAACCCCAUGAGUUCUACACGCCCAAACGCUUUGGCCAGGGAGGGGGCCUAUACAGCUGGGCAACCUUUGUGAACGCGAUCACGGUGCAGAUAGAUGGGAUGGGCACCAACUGGCGGUCAAAGACGUUCCACAAUGUGUGCUACAAGAACCUCAGCGAUGCAGGGCUGCCCGACCGCAUUCUCUGGAUGAAGGAGGCUGCGAAGACCAGGCCCUGGAUGGACCUCUCACGCGUCGGCAUCGUCGGCACGUCCGCGGGGGCGACGAACACCGUGUCUGCGAUACUGCACCACGGCGACUUCUACAAGGUCGCCGCAGCAGACUCGGGAUCCCACGACAUCCGCAUCGACUACCUCUCCUGGGCGGAGUCCUGCAUGGGCUACCCAGUCGACCAGUCGUAUAUUGACCACUCCAAUCUGACCCAUGCCGGGAAGCUGGAGGGGCAGCUGAUGCUGGUCGUGGGGGGGCUAGACACUAAUGUGAACCCAGCAGGGACCAUGAGGCUUGUGCAGGCUCUGAAUGAGCAGGAUAAGGACUACGAGCUGGUAUUCAUUCCGGAUGGGCAUCAUGGUUGUGGCUGCUCUGGGUAUGGGCACAGGCGCAUCGUUUCCUUCUUCAAAAAGCAUCUCGGCUCUCCAGGGGAAUCUGCAGCUCCAUCAGAGGUUGCCACUCCGUCAGAAAUUCCUCAUCCAUCAAGGGCCGUUACUCCAGCAGAAAUUGCUACUCCAUCGGAGGAUGCUGCUCCCAAAAAUUAG